CUGCUCCCAAAUGUCGGACUGCACCUUUAACGUCCCUGAACGCACCGUGUGGUUGUGCUCGUCCAAUUAGUGUGUAGGUGGAGCACAGGAAGAAAACUGGAGAGCGACACUACACACACAGAGGCAGACGGACCGUCUGAGAGAUUAUCUGUUCUGUUCCUGACGCGGAAAACCCGAGUCGAGUUACCUUUGAGUUGCAGGAGAUUACCCGCAGACUUGCUAUAAAGUCCGAUGGUUUGGCAGGAGGAAUUCCCGAUGAUUGAGGUAUCGAUCCCCUCCAUGGAGAGGGAAGAGGACGAGGCGGGGAAAUCCAGAAAGCUUUUCCGAGUUGAGGUCUUGUUCAACGGGAGGAAACAUUUCGUGCUCAGAAGGAGCAGCGAAUUCCAGACUCUGCACAGAAAACUCAGGAAGAUCAUCCACACUCCAGAUCUCCCGAGCAAGAGGAACCCCCAUCUGAGGACCAAACCUCUGGAGCAGAGGAGGCAGGAGCUGGAAGAUUACAUCCAGGACAUCAUCUACCAAAACGACGACGUGCCGCAAGUGCUGCUGGACUUCCUCAAUCUGAAACACUUCCACACUGGGAUGAAGGUCAGCAGCAUGGAAUCACUUGACGAAUUGGACAGACAGGGUUACGGUUACCCGUUAUCAAAUCAGCGAGUGUUUGGAUUCUUUAAGGAUCCUUAUCUCUCUGAACGCACAUCAGAUCUUCCAGAUGUUGUUGCGGACGGAGUUCUGCAGGGUUUUUAUACUCGGGACGUCCGAGUCAGCUUCACCUCCCCCGUCCUCACCGAGCCCGACACCCCAGCACUUCUAUAGACGCCUGAAAUGAAAGCUUCAUGUUAGGUUUAGUGUUUUAAAAUAGCAGACAAUACAGUUAAAUACACAAUGCUAGAAAGAAGGACAACUAAAAAGCCAUGGUGCAUGAUACAGAAGAAUAACAGCCUGGAAUGGGUCACAUCCUUUUGUCUGAAAUCAGCGGCUCCAGUGGGAUUCAAACCCAAACUUUCCGUCAUUUUAUCUGUAGUUUUUUUCAAAACAAAUGUUGCCUUUUGAGAUUACUAAAGUGAACUCAUUACCCCAAAAUGAAUCUUGAAAUGAGUCACUCAGUUUGUUUUUAUUCAGUUUAAUAAGCACACAAACAGUUUAAAUGAAGAUGUGGCAGGGAAAGGAGGCCCCAGGCUGACUGGCUUUUAUUCAUUCAAGCCAUACUGUAGCUUAGUUUAAAUUACUGAAUUAAUUGAGGAGAAGUGUAGAACAUUACUUGAAAUCCAGGCGGCAGAUAGAGGUAUUUUUAUAUGUUGUUUUGUAUAGAUGUUUAAAACUUUUUGUAGUAACUUGAAUUCUUUGAACCUAGUUUUAUCUUCAAGUGUUGGGUCAAUCACAAUGAGCCUUUGAUGCCUCUGCUACUGAAGCAAUGUUUUAGUGUCAACACAUGUUUGUGGAGUUAUUUGUACUUUUGUAUGAGGUUGUUUGUAUUGAAAUUAUAAUUAAAAAAUUAGACACAUCUCA